UGUCCGAGAUGGUAUGACAGUGUAUGAAAGCCUGGACAAAGCUCUGAGAGUAAGAGGACUUAAUCAAGAUUGCUGUGCAGUGUUUAGACUUGUUGAAGGCCAUAAGACCCGGACAGACUGGGAAACCAAGAUUACCCCUCUGGUGGGUGAAGAAUUAUGGGUGGAGGUACUGGAAGAAGUGCCUCUUACAAUUCAUAAUUUUGUAAGAAAGACAUUUUUUCACCUGGUGUUUUGUGAUUUUUGCUUGAAGUUCCUAUUCCAUGGUUUCCGAUGUCAAACGUGUGGCUACAAAUUCCAUCAGCAGUGCAGCAGUAAAGUCCCAACUGUUUGUGUGGAUAUGGGCAACAUGCAUAAAGUACAAUCAUUAGUUUCGUACGUGGAUGAGGAGAUUAUUCCUAAUGAGUUAGUUUCUCCACCAAUACCACAGAUCAUUGAGCCAGUCACACCACCACCUGAAAGUAUCCAUAGCAAGAACAUAACUUCUUCAUUCAUGUUCCCUGGCUCACUUGGGGAUGGUCAACAGCUGCAACAGCGUCACCGUUCUACCUCUACACCCAAUGUCCAUAUAGUGAGUACUACAGACAAUAUCAUUGUCAAGGAUGCAAUAAAGAACUCCACUGUAAUGGAUCAGCUGCCUAAGAUGUCCAACACAUCUCCCACCAACAUCUCACCAGGCAAAAAGGCACACUUUCCCGAAUCUCCUUCAGAGCAUCAGAGAGAAAGAAAACAUUCUUCCUCCUCAUCUGAUGAAAAGAAAAAAGUGAAAACAUUGGGUUAUCGUGAUUCUAGCUAUUACUGGGAAGUCCCAGCUAACGAAGUCAUCUUGAAUAAGCGGAUUGGAUCCGGCUCAUUUGGAACAGUGUUCAAAGGGAAGUGGCAUGGAGAUGUUGCUAUCAAAAUCUUGAAAGUAACCAAUCCAACAAAUGAGCAGAUUCAAGCCUUCAAAAAUGAAAUGCAGGUUUUGAGAAAAACUCGUCAUGUCAACAUUCUUCUGUUUAUGGGCUAUAUGACUAGACCUCAUUUUGCCAUCAUCACACAGUGGUGCGAGGGGAACAGCCUUUAUAAACAUCUCCAUGUAGACGAAACUGACUAUGACACAUUUGAACUCAUUGAUAUUGCUCGUCAGACAGCACAAGGCAUGGAUUACCUGCAUGCAAAGAAUAUAAUUCAUCGAGAUCUAAAAUCCAACAAUAUCUUCUUGCACGAUGAGGGUCGGACUGUGAAGAUUGGUGACUUUGGCUUAGCAACAGUGAAGACAAGAUGGAGUGGCUCUCAGCAAGUUGAGCAGCCCAGUGGUUCAAUAUUGUGGAUGGCCCCAGAAGUGAUUCGGAUGCAAGAUAGCAACCCGUACAGUUUCCAGUCUGAUGUAUAUGGAUAUGGAGUUGUUUUGUAUGAACUGAUGACUGGAACAUUGCCUUAUUCACAUGUAAAUAACAGAGAUCAGAUUAUAUUUAUGGUGGGACGAGGGUACAUGAAACCAGACCUCAGCAAAACUUACAGUAAUUGCCCAAAGAGUAUGAGACGCCUUAUGGCAAAUUGCCUGAAGUUUAAACGAGAAGAACGACCACUAUUUCCUCAGAUUUUGGCUUCUAUUGAACUGCUUCAACGGGCUUUACCCAAAAUUGAACGGAGUGCCUCAGAACCUUCUCUUCAUAGGGCUGUUUGCUCAGAGGACUUGAAUCCCUUCACACAUACUUCACAUGCCAUCUGGUAGCCUCAGCUUGCAACAUUAUUUCUGAGUAGCAACAUUUGUAAAUAAGUACUGUUGUCAGAAAGGCCCAUUCCUGGAAUUAAAAAGAGUUACAUAACUGAGAGUCCAGAAUAAGUGAAUAUGAAUUCUGUUUUUAAGAGCUUAACACUGUUUUAUUAAGACAUUUUGCACAGGGAUAUUUUUAACAUUUCGCAGACGUGUGUUCAGCAGAGAAUGCUUUCCAUUACUAAUCUGUGAUUUCAAUAUCAAUGGUAGCCAACCAGCCUCAUAUUAGCCUUCCAUCUUGAUGCUGCAGCUGCUAAAACCAGAGCCCAGCUAUUUGAACAUGUACAGUGAAACAUUGGAGUAACUGCAUUCUGCUGAACAAGUAUGUACAUUUGAAGAAAAGACAUAAAAAUGUAUGUCCCCUCUCUUCAUUUCAUCCUUUGUGCAAACACACAAAAAAUCCAAGCCUGAAGAUUGGCUUUACUGACUUAACUUCAUUGAAAGACUCUUGUAACUAUUGUUGUUGUAUAUAUCUAAACUAGUUUCAGAGAGUUAGAUAAGUUUAACUUUAAUCCUCCUGGGAAAGAGUAUUUUGAUGCUAUAUUUGUAUACAUUUCACCAGCAUACUCCUUCAAGAGGUCUAAGAAUGCUUGAUGAAGAUAGUAUUAUUCAGGCAUUGUUAUCAGAUUUUUUUUUACUCCUUUGUCUUGUGGCUGCUAAAAUUUUAAAGCUGACUUUUGUUGUAUUCAUUGUAAACAUGCGUACAGAUGUAAGGCUUUUUAAAAACAAAUCUGGUAUUGA